CCCGGGCGACUCCCGCCGUCUUCCGGCCCCGCGCGCGCGUGGAGCCGAAGCCGUGGCUCCCGCGUCCCUCGGCGAGGCUUCACACUCCCGCCGCCUCCCCGAUCGCCACCGGCGCCGCCGCCGCCGCCCCUGACGACAGCGGAACCCAGGCCUCCCCCGUGCACAGGCCGCAUCCGCCGUCUCCGCCGCCGUGACGAAUCGGCGCCCGGCUGGGAAAUUGCCCAAAUUCGGGGAGUUUUGAGGAACGUCUAGGGCCUGGGGGGGAAAAAAAAAAUCCUCGACUGUACGAAGCAUCACGCAUCCUCAAGCGGAGGCUUAUUUUGCUCAAGACAGUCGGGCGCCGCCGGGAAGGAAAUUAAGGAGAGUGCUGAAAGUGCGGCUGCGGAAGCUCCGGGCGCGAGGGGCGGGGCCUGCGCGGGACAAAGGGAAGCGAGGCCGGAGCUGCGGGCGCUUUUUCUGCCCGCGGUGUCUCAGAUUCAUUCUUAAGGAACUGAGAACUUAAUCUUCCAAAAUGUCAAAAAGACCAUCUUAUGCCCCACCUCCCACCCCAGCUCCUGCAACACAAAUGCCCAGCACACCAGGGUUUGUGGGAUACAAUCCAUACAGUCAUCUCGCCUACAACAACUACAGGCUGGGAGGGAACCCGGGCACCAACAGCCGGGUCACGGCAUCCUCUGGUAUUACGAUUCCAAAACCCCCAAAGCCACCAGAUAAGCCGCUGAUGCCCUACAUGAGGUACAGCAGGAAGGUCUGGGACCAAGUAAAGGCUUCCAACCCUGACCUGAAGUUGUGGGAGAUUGGCAAGAUUAUUGGUGGCAUGUGGCGGGAUCUCACUGAUGAAGAAAAACAAGAAUAUUUAAACGAAUACGAAGCGGAAAAGAUAGAGUACAAUGAAUCUAUGAAGGCCUACCAUAAUUCCCCCGCAUACCUUGCUUACAUAAAUGCAAAAAGUCGAGCAGAAGCUGCUUUAGAGGAAGAGAGUCGACAGAGGCAGUCUCGCAUGGAGAAAGGAGAGCCGUACAUGAGCAUCCAGCCUGCUGAAGAUCCUGAUGAUUAUGAUGAUGGCUUUUCAAUGAAGCACACAGCCACCGCCCGUUUCCAGAGGAACCACCGCCUCAUCAGUGAGAUCCUCAGUGAGAGUGUGGUGCCAGACGUCCGGUCAGUCGUCACAACAGCCAGGAUGCAGGUCCUCAAACGUCAGGUCCAGUCCUUGAUGGUUCAUCAGCGGAAACUAGAAGCUGAACUUCUUCAGAUAGAGGAGCGACACCAGGAAAAGAAGAGGAAAUUCCUGGAAAGCACAGAUUCAUUUAACAACGAACUUAAAAGGUUGUGUGGGUUGAAAAUAGAAGUGGACAUGGAAAAGAUCGCCGCUGAAAUCGCACAGGCAGAGGAGCAGGCCCGCAAGAGGCAGGAGGAAAGGGAGAAGGAGGCGGCGGAGCAGGCGGAGCGCAGCCAGAGCAGCAUCGCCCCUGAGGAGGAGCCAGCGGCCAACAAGACGGAGGAGAAGAAGGAGGACGAGAGCAUCCCCAUGGAGACAGAGGAGACACACCUUGAGGAAACGGCAGAAAGCCAGCAGAAUGGGGAAGAAGGCACGUCUACUCCGGAGGACAAGGAGAGUGGACAGGAGGGGGUGGACAGUAUGGCCGAGGAAGGGACCAGCGACAGUAACACGGGCUCGGAGAGCAACAGUGCGACGGUGGAGGAGCCCCCGACAGACCCCACGCCAGAGGAUGAGAAAAAAGAAUAAAUGUUGCCUUGUUUUAUGUAUUCUGAGUACUUUUUUAAAUGAAAAAAAAAACAAUGUUUUUUGAGUUUUAAUGGUGUUAUGUGGUUUCUGUGCUAGUAUUCUUCUGCCCGUAUCACACCACCAGAGGCUUUCGGACCAUGUAGCGCCGUGAGCCGCACGGUGUGGCCGCCGUUCUUAAGCGGUCGUGACGAUGGUUCUCUUCUUCAUCGUUUCCAGCCCUCAGCUGCUGAAAGCCUCAGAAUUUAAAUUAAUAAAGAGAAUGCCCACCUCUUUUAGAGAAUGAUCCUUUGAUGCUGCAGAAUCUUCUCUUAAAUGCCUUCCUGCAGCUCACCGGGUGCUCACCAAAGCCAUAGCUUUAAAUCGUCUCAGUCCCCAUCAACAGCUUCCUACAACUUCCCUUCCCUGUGUACUUCCUCAGAGAGUAGCUUCCUGGAAACGUAAUCACGUGUGACUGUAUGUUUGUUCACCAACCCUUUCUUACUUGUGAUCAGUGUCAGAUAACCGAGAGUCGUGUUAAAGUGGUGAGCGUACCCGCAGCUACACUUGGGUCAUGUGGAUUGAGAAGUAGCCUCCUUAAAGUAGCUCCUAGCUUCGGAACUAGCCGCCGACGUGAACACGGCAUAUGUACACUCUCCUGCUUCCUGUUAUAGCUGAUGUUGGGUGUGUUCUGGUCAGUUCACCCUUACUGUACAGAAAAAAAAGAUUACUUUUUUAUCAUGUUUUCCAAAGAUAGAUCACAAAGCUUAAGGAAUUGAAUAUUCUUGCAAGGGAGUAUAUAACUUCAAAACGAUUGGCCCGUUCUAGGAGAAAAACAGCUGGGAAUUAAGUUUAGCCACUUGGAAUUGUUUUACUAUAAUCAAAACAUUCAAAACCUCAAGGCUCAGGAUCCCGUAGAUCAGAGCCUCCCUUUUUGAUAAACUUAGUAGUCUUAAAGAGACUAGAAGAUGGUUCGUGACGCGUGUGCUUCCCAAAAACUAGAGUAGAUUUUUACUAAAUAGUGGUAUAUCUAAUGGUAUAUGUUUCUUAAAGGUCCAAACGUAAUAAAUAAAUUUUAAAAA